AUGUCAGGCCUUAGCGACAAGUUCAUGCUAUUCGAUGCUUACUACGAGAGCGCUUGGAAUACGGCCGAGCUGCAGGACCUUGGCCUGAAUCAUCAAGCUGGUGCUCACUUUUUGCUCGCCCAUUCACCCGACUGCUACGUCGAACAUGCCCGAGAGGCGCUCCGAAUUUACGAGAAGAUCAAGACACAUUGCGAUGGGGAUACGAAGUGGGCGGAGGAACGUGUCGCAGCUGCAGAGACACUGCUCAGGGAGGCUGAAGAAGACAAGAAGAAAUAUUCGGAGCCUAUGACGGAUGAGGAGUACGACCAGGCAAUGAUCGAGGCCUCUGAUGCAAAGUAUCAGGCCGACCAAGCCUGGCCUCACCUUGUUUCCGAAGACGAGGAAGACGACGUGGAGGAGAGACAGGUGACGGCUGAUACCCAGACCACUCAAGAGUCUGGAGUCGAGGACUCUCAGACCACGAAGGAAUUCCAGUCGACCGCUAUCACCCGACACGACACUCCUCUCAGUGAAAAGUACAUCCGUCAGGACGGCAGCCCCUACUUUCCACUGGAGUCUGCUAUGUGUCGGCCUCGUGCUUCUUGA